AGAAGGAAAGCGGUGCGGGACGCACGUCGGAGGGACCCUUUUUGGAAACCUGCUCAAAGGGGUUGAUGGUGAUGAUGGACCUCCUACGGCUGCUGUCAGGAACUUUGCAAACUCUCCCCCACCUCUCUGCUGACGAUAUACAAUGUAUUUGGGCUAAGGUAUCCGGUUACAUUGAACGUCAGAUGACCCUACAAAAGGGGGUCCACCUAGCAGGACUGGGGACCUUCACCUUUUCUCAGCAGAAGUCGGACAAGUACACAACGAUUCAACAACCCAUCUUCCUCUUGGCUGGAAGACUUAUCCAGUCUUUUGGGUUAAAGCAGGUCAGACCACUGGCUGCAGCAACUAAACUGCCAGUGGUGCAACUGAACUUUGCUGCCGUGUCACAAGAGACUCCUUUCAGUCGAGACGUAGUGGAGGGCUGCGUCAGAGAAACGUUUCUUCUCCUCUUCAAAGCUUUAGCUUCUGGACAAGACAUCUUCCUCACCUUGCAGGGAAUUGGAGUUUUGUCCUUCAAGAAUAACCAGGUGCGGAUGAAGUUCAGCAGAGGUUUUAUUAGCGCUAUGGAUGGAACCGGUCGGCCGCUGUUAGCCUCUAACAGUAGACCCGGGAGCAGUGGCUUUUUACUGUCUGGUGGCCCGUCCAGGCUUCAGGGGCCACAGACUGCCAACCCCGUCAGGCUGCCAACUGUCUGCUCUCCUCAGCCAGACAACAAAGCUGGGGACAAAGACGUAUGGUGCUUGUCACCAGCUCCAGACCAAAGGAAUGCAGGAGAAGUUCCCCAACAGAGAGAACCUAAAUCCCAUCAGCCACUGCAGCCUGCCCAGAUGAAAGCUGUCUGCCUGUCAGAAGAACUGAAACCAAAACCUCCCCCGCAGACCAAGUACAAGCCCAGCACCUCAGUCACACCACCAGGGCUCACUCCCAAACGCCUGACCCUUAGCUGCUCUGGCCACACGCGUGCUGGACAGGAACUGUGCUACCUGUGUAUGCAGCGGGCCCAAAGAAAUGUUCCAGUCUACCUGAGGGAGCUGCAGCGGGCAGAGGAGAGGGCUCAGGAGAAACUCUUACUGCUGAAAGCACAGCAGAGAGACAAGCAUCACAUGGACCAGGAACAAGAGACGCUGAAUGAGCAGCGUAAACAUGCAAAGCAUGUUGCAACAUUCAAUCUGCAAAUGUCGGAGAAGAAAGAGAAGAUUUGUUGUCCUCUCUUCCCUACUUCAUUCGUCUUCCCGACUCGGCCCUUCACACCUGCAAAAAGGAUCCAGCAACAUCGUUACAAGAACGACCUUCAGAGCCAGAUAGAGACACGGCGACAACGCGAGGCUCGAGACCAGCAGAACCGGCUGCUCGUGGAGCACCUGGACCAGGUCCAGCUGGUCCGGGAGGAUGCUUUGCAGAAGGCUCAGCAGCUCCAGCAGAAACACGAGAGAACUGCACAGUACAAGAGGGCUCUGGACACGCAGGCUGGAGAUAAGAAGUGCACAGAUCCUCCAGAGUGUCAAGCUGACGACGGCGGGUUCAACCGCUGCCAGACUGCAGCCAACAGGGCAGAAGGCCAUGAGAGGGCACAGAAGCUCUUCGUAGUAAAUUUCAGUGCUGCCACUCAUCUGAAGAAAGAAGAACUGCAAAGCCGCCUUGCCGAGCUGGAGAGAGAGAGAGAAGUUCUAAAACACAACAAGAUGGAGUUUGCAAAGGACCGCAUCAAUCGCUUUGAGAAGGAGCGGGACAUCAGUAAGUCGCUGGAGGCCGAGUGGAGUCGCACCGCAGGGCUCAAACACCAGCGAGAGGAAGAGGAGAGGCGCUUCCUCAGGUCUGCUGGUGAGCUACUGGUAGAUAAACUGGCACAGUACAGGCGUUGCUGCCAGUGUAAGAGGAGGACCACCAACUGUGGGGAGACAAACAUCUGGAAGGACUCUCGGUACCUCUCUGGCUCACAGUUCAUGAUGUGAUGAGGAGCGUAGCAGACGAGAUCUCAAUCUUUGAACCGUAACAUGUGACAGUCACUUAAGAUUGAAAUGAUACAUUUAGCAUAUGUGAAGCAUAUAUAUCUAUCAGCUGUGUAAUGAUUUUUUUCUUUCUCUUCAAAAUCUAAGAGCUGCUCCACACAGCUGAAGAGAUGUUGAAUGUGAGAAUACUGUUUAUGAGGACUUGAACAGUAUUGUAUCUCCCCCCUUGCAGACUCCUAUUGUUUGAGUGUGCUUCAGUUAAAACAAAUGAGUGUCACAUACUGUGGUAAGGUACCUUUUUUAGUUUACACCUGGUUAUAUCAUUGUUGCUGAUGUAUUGUCAAGACUUUAUCUCAAAGUCUGCCCAGUACGUUUACUGAUAUAUUACAGAUAUCAGUAAAGAAAUGUGCAUGUCAUUUUUCUUUUUACAGUAAACAUUAAAAAAAAGAAAUCCAAACAUGACCAGUAUGAAGUAAACUAAAACUGAAACAAAAUCACUACUGAAAAAGUAGUCCGUCAGCUGUCGUGAUUGAACCUCAGAAACUGAAUGGACUUGACCUUUGGCCGACACUAUGCUGCAUUUUCUUUACAUUGUGAAUCAAACGGAUGAGGCAAGUUAUAAACACUACAGGCAACAGAGAAGUACAUCUUUUACAGAGAGAUGAAAAACAAGAGGGCCCCCAACAGGGCGGCAGGGGUUAAAAAGAAGGAAACUCAUAACAUUACUAAUCAUUGUGUGUUUCCUUAGAAGUCAGUAUAACGUAGGUUAAAAGAUUUUGGCUUUGGUGUGGGCAGAUGGCUUCAUGCACUGGGGAGUUUCUAUAGAUGAUGAAUGUGUUGCAGGAUUAUGACAAUAUUAUUCUGUCUGUCGUCCCAGUUUUCUGUGAACCAAAACUCCCUUAUUGAGCUCAUGGAAGCAUAUGGAAGGUCUUUGUAUCAAAACAGAUGCACAAUGCCCCGCACUGGGGAUGAUUAAUCUACAAACUGACGGACGGAUGGUGUAUGAACAAAUACCUGUGAGUGUGUGUUGUGAUUCAGAAACAUACUGUACCUCACAUGCAUGUGUAUCUCUGAUGAGAUGUAUGAUCCAGAACAGUUAUUAUACAAUAAAUUACUGCCAAAGCCUUCCUGUAAGUCACAUGGUUAUAUUGAAAUUACAAUAGAGGCCUCCAUGUAAAAAUAAAAGUCUAAACUGAUUUAAACCACACCAACUCCCCUCAGGGGCCUGAGUGUGAGAUUUUGUUUAAACCACCACAUUGGUGUUCUUAUUGAAUGCGGCCUUGUGACCCGAGAAUGACGUCAACAAGACUAUGAACACCGGCGCAUUUUUCCCCGAGUCGUAGCUGUCGAUCUGCUGUAAUAUGGAUGGUCCACACCAUAGAUAGAUGUCUCAUUGCAUCAUGUUCAGUGGGAUUUCUAACCCCUAAAAAGAGGCGUGGGUCUGAUAUUUUGUUAACCUGUAUACGUGCUGCUAUGAUCUAUGGACUUGUUCUCUUUAAGCUGUAACCUCCAUCACCCCAUCACCUCCCACCCCAUCACCUGUCGCUGAAAAUAUAUAGACGGCACUGUUUCACAACUUUGGUAACUUUUAACAUUAUUAUUUUGCAUA